CACUUUCCCUUAUUCAGUGAAGACACAGGUUCCUGCACGGAGGGGGUGAGAUUUGGGGUCAGUGGAUUGUAUUUUCCCUUCAGCCCUGUGUGUUUGAGGGCAACUGGGAGAUCAACGUGUACAAAGUUACUCCCCUUUUGCUGCCUGUCAUCAGUGGGUGUGUGAAUACAAGAGACAACAAGGUGCAGAGCUGGAUGAACACAGCAGGCCAAGCAGCAUCAUAGGAGCAGGAAGGCUGACAUUUCGGGCCUAGACCCUUUAUCAGGCGUGUGAAUACAUGCAGAUUCCUGGAGGGAAGUAGUUAAUCAGCAUUAAGACAUUCUGAACAGGAGACUUUCACAAGAGAAAAAAAAACUGAAGCUUCAUUGUUUUCUAGCGAACUGGAGGCGUUCCCUUAUUACCAGGAAGUUGCCUAAAGCACGCACCGAGAACGGGCCUGAUCAAUUCAGAUUAUGUUGCAGAGAAGCCAAACAAUAUUAUACCCAACUGUUCUCCUCUGCUCGUUGCUUGCGGAAGUGCGACCUUUGACCUGUCAUCAAUGUUCCUCCACCUCUGGUGAAUGCAGUCUGCAACAAGUGACCUGCCUUUCAGGAAUAAAUACCUGCCAAACCACGUCAAUCAGCAUAAUUUUGGCUGGAAAGCCCAACCAGGUGAUCAGAAAUUCCUGUGGAUCAUGUUGGGAUCCUGUUUCCUUGAACACUGGAUCUGUGAUCCUAUCAGAGAGCAGCAGAUGCUGUGACUUCAAUCUCUGUAAUGAUCAGACAGUUGCGGAGGCUCGGAACAGCACACGGAAUGGACUGGAAUGUCGAGGGUGUUUCAGCAACUCAUCUGAAUCCUGCAGGCUGUCUGAGCAGACGGUGCAAUGUACUGGAGCAGAAACUCGCUGCAUGAAUGUGUCAGGCAUUCAAGCUGUGGUGUCAACUAGACAGCAGUUCUUUGCCAAAGGCUGCGUUUCCAAGCGAGUCUGCCAAUCCUUUGGCAGAUUGUCAGACAUCCGAAUCCAGUUUGACGACGCUCCCAAGUGUUGCUCCAGUGACCUCUGCAAUGGUGACUUGGGCGGAGGAACAUCCACCAGGAAGCCAGGGUGGGUGAUCGCAGUAACUUUUGGAGUCAUCAUUGGAGUUCUGAUACUGUUGCUGAUAUGUUAUUUUCACUGCAGAAAGAAACAAGACUCUGGUCCCUUGUGAUGUAUUCAGGGAAGAUCCUGGAUUUCUUGAGAUUCUAUUUCUGUGGACCUGUGCAUUGUUGGUGAUUCUGUGUGGACAGUCUCUCUCUCUCGCUGUGAUCGCUUGGUUUCGUUGAAGAAGGAUUCAUCUUUGAGAGGACGAUCGGUCACUCUGCUCCUUGAAAACGAUGUGAGAAGACAAUUUUCACUGGGCGGUAGAGGAAAUGGCCUUCGGAGGGUGAAACACAUUGUUGCUCCUUGUUUACUGAUGGUCCAUGAGUCCUUUUAUAGAAACAGAAAGCAAGAGUGGGACCAGGUCAUUCGGCCCUUCAAGCCUGCUCUGCUGUUCAGUGUGACUGGUCAUCCAACUCAGUCCCUGUUCUUGCUUUUUACCAACACAGUUCUAUCCCUUUAGACCUAAGAAAACAUUCAAUAUUUUGGCCUCAACUGUUUUUGUAGUUGAAAAUUCCACAGGCUCCCCACUAUCUGGGGUGAAGACAUUUCUCCUAAUCUCACUCCCCACAUUCCUUGGAUCCUUCACCUGUGACCCCCUGGUUCUGGACUCUCUGGUCAUUAGAAACAUCCUUCCUGCAUUUGUCCUGUUAGAAUUUUGUACAUUUCUAUGAGAUCGCCCCUCAUUCUUCUAAACACCAGUGAUUAUAUUCCUAACCAAUCCGGUCUGUCUUCAUCCAUCAGUCCUAUCGUCCCAGGAAUCAGACUAAGAAACCUUCGCUGCACUCCCUCCAUCGCCAGAGCCUCCUUCCUCAGAUAAGGAGACCCCCAAACUGCAGACUCAGUACUCCAGGGGUGGUCUCACCAAGGCCCCUGUACAAUUGCAGCAAGGCAUCCUUGCUCCUGGCAUGAGAAUGACAAAUUCAAACUAGUGUUUGCUUAUCUGCUAUGUGUCCACACUUUGUAACCAAAGAUGUAAUGUAAUAAAAAGGAAAGAUGUGAACAUUC